AUGGGUUCGUACGAAGAUGCCAAGCGCAAAGCGCACGUCAUGAAGUUCAAGAAGUAUAUCAAAUCUCUUUCCAAACCGCAAAAGGUUGGAUUGAUUUUAACUUUGUGUUCGUUCGUUUUACUCUUGCUCUAUUUAGUCAUCGACAAUCACGACACCUUGUUCAUCAUGGCUGAGUUCGUGCACUUCAUCGGCAUCGCGAUUCUGGCGUAUAAAUUGUUGAGGGAAAAAUCCUGUCUCGGCCUUUCCAUGCAAACGCAAGAGUUGACGGCGAUAUUUUUAGGGAUCCGCUUGUACUGUUCGUUCAUGAUGGAGUACGACUGGCACACGAUUUUAGAUUUUUUAACGCUAAUGGCGACGAUGUGGGUGUUGUCCACGAUGAAAGGGUCGUUGAAGCAUAAUUACGAGACGCACAACAGACCGCUGGAUACGAUCAUGACGUGGCAAGUGUUGGUACCGUGCGUUAUAAUGGCGAUUAUCGCGCACCCGCAAACGUCGCACGCGGUUGUGAAUCGAGUGUUGUGGGCCACGUGCGUGUAUUUGGAAGCGGUGAGCGUUUUGCCGCAGUUGCGCGUGAUGCAAUCGGCGAAAGUUGUGGAGAGAUGGACGGCGAAUUACGUGUUUUCGUUAGGUGUGGCGAGGUUUUUGAGCUGCGCGCACUGGAUUUUACAGAUUUUCGACGGACAGAGUUACUUGAAAACCGCGUUGACGACCGGAUUGUGGCCAGUCAUGGUUUUGGUCUCAGAGAUUGUGCAGACGUUCAUUUUGGCAGAUUUUUGCUAUUUCUACGUCUUGUCUUUUGCGGAUGGUGGCAAGGUUGUGCGAUUACCAGCUGGAUUAGUAUAA